UGUCCGAAGCAGCAACCAGUGGAAAACCCCAUAGCAAUCGGGUUUUGCCUGCGAUGUUGGGUGGAGGGGGAGGAGCCAAACCAGGCGACCGGGUAUAUAAGGAAGUUCGCAGCUCUCCCAGCCACACGAACAUCCUUCGCUUACAACAUGAAGGUUCUCGGCCUUACUCUGUGCUGUGUUCUGGCGGUGGCGUCAGCCAAUGACAAGGGAAAUAAACAGGGGGACAAGAGAUUCCUUCACGGAGGAGUUUCCGGAGGUUUUCAAGGCGGAUUCCCUGGGGGAGUUUCCGGAGGCUUUCCUGGUGGUUUCCCCGGAGGGAGCCCUGGUGGUUUCCCGGGAGGAAGACCUGGUGGUUUCCCCGGAGGAAGCCCUGGCGGUUUCCCCGGAGGGAGCCCUGGCGGUUUCCCCGGAGGUUUCCCUGGAGGGCAACCUGGCGGUUUCCCUGGCGGUUUCCCUGGCGGUUUCCCUAGCGCCACAGCCCCACCCGCCACCUGUAGGCGCUGGUGCCGAACUCCGGAGCAGCAAGUUUACUGCUGCGAAACGGCGUUUGAACCUGAGGCGCCCGUGGGCACCAAGCCACUUGACUGUCCACAAGUCCGUCCCACCUGCCCACCGGUGCGUUUCCAACCACAAGCACCAGUAACUUGCUCCAGUGACUACAAGUGCGGCGGCAUUGACAAGUGCUGCUUCGACAGGUGUCUCAAAGAACACGUGUGCAAGCCGCCUUCCUUCUAUAACCAAUUUGGUUGAAAAGGAAAAUUCAAUAUGCUUAUUGAUUCAUGUAGUGUCCAUGAUUAAUAAAUGUUUUCUAAAA